AUGACUCGGGCGAGGAGGCGGGGCCAGCGCGCGGUGAGGUCAAGUCUGUUGCCGGAAGUAUCUACUCCCUCAUUUCCGGCCGGGGCUCCUCGCGGGUCCGGGUGGCGCCGGUGGUGGCCCGCUGCCGCCCACCCGCAGAUAUAUAGCCAUGGGAUUGAACUAGCUUGCCAAAAGCAGAAGGAGUGUGUGAAGAGCUCCGUGGAGUGCAAGUGGAACCUUGCGGAAGCCCAGCAGAAGCUCGGGAGUUUGGCGCUGCACAACUCAGAGUCCUUGGAUCAGGAAAAUGCCAAAGCACAGACUGAAGCUUCAGAGCUGAGGCAGCGGGAGGAAGAAUGGAGACAAAAAGAAGCAGCGCUAAUACAGAGAGAGAAACAGAAUCUCUCUUGCACUGAUUCUGUUAGCAAGGAAGUAUUUAAUAAGAGUUUUAUUAAUCAAAAUACAGGAAAAGAGGUAGAAGAUGAAGAUGCAUCUAAAUCAUUCAUGCAGAAACAUGAACAAAAGAUCAGACACUUUGGCAUGCUGAGCAGAUGGGAUGAUAGUCAGAGAUUUUUAUCAGAUCACCCAUACCUUGUAUGUGAAGAAACAGCUAGAUAUCUCAUUUUAUGGUGUUUUCAUCUAGAAGCUGAACAGAAAGGAGCUCUGAUGGAACAAGUAGCACACCAGGCAGUUGUGAUGCAGUUCAUCAUAGAAAUGGCCAAAAGUUGUAAUGUGGAUCCCAGAGGCUGUUUUCGUCUGUUUUUCCAGAGAGCCAGAGCAGGAGAAGAAGGCUAUAUCGAAGCUUUUAAAAAUGAACUCGAAGCGUUCAAAUCAAGAGUAAGAAUCUGUUCCCAGUCGCACAGUUUUCAAGCUAUGUCGGUACAGAAUCCCAGUGUCUAUGCUGGUCUUGGUUCUGUGGGAGGGUUAGAGUCUUUGCCACAGAAUGCAGGCACUCUACAAGGUUGCAUAAACACAGGUCUCUGCAGUUUAAACUCAGUGGUACAGAAAGAUGAUGAAGAAUCCAAAAUGAUGGACACAGUAUAGUAUUGUUAAGACUGAGGCCAAGUACUCUUUUUAUUAUAAAAGAAAGAACAUGGCUAUUUUCUUGAUACUUAUUUUUAUGGGUGCUGCACUUUAUUUUUGGCAUUUGUUUUUUGGAGGGAGGGUAAUCUAGAAAGACAUGUAAUUUUGUUUGAAAACGUGCUGCUAGGUUUUCGGUUGUCUUUUAAAAAGAAGGGUUCCUUGUAUAUUGCCGAAUGUGAAACUGGAUGUUUUUUCUGCUACUAAACUUGCCUUUAUCCUUAAUUUUAGGAAUCAAAGUAUGACAAACAAAUCUGCACAAAUCCAAUGUUUACAAGAAGUGGUUGAUUCUUGGUGGAAUCUGCUAUAGUCUUUUAUUAUAGACAGGGCCAUGUCUCACUCUAUGAAUACUAGAGAUCACAGUUGUACUUAUGCUAUACUGCUGACAUAGUAAGCUCUCAAACCUGGUUUUAUUAUAUUAAUAGCAAUAAAUCAAUAUCUGGUAUCCACAGCACAGAUCUGGGUGGCUGAGAUUAAAAUAUUGACUUUUUAUUUCUACAGUGAAUAACAUUUUACCUCUUGCUUUCAGUCAAAAUAACUUAUUUCUGAUUGUCUCUAAAGCAUAAGUAGCCUAACACAAAUCUAAUUCACUACUUAGAAUUGAGCCUGGACUGGCAUUUCCAGUGGUAGAAUUACUGAGAAGUGGACUCUCUCUUACAUGUGCUGUUAAUUUUUUUAAAAAUUGAGGUUUUUAAUGAUGGAGUGAAUAGAGAGAAACUUAAGGUAUUUUGAUUAGGGUGAGAUCCAAGGUUCCCUCCAAGGUGUGUGCAUGCGCGACCGCACACAACUAAAAGUGUGGCUGCGCACAGCCUUUUCAAGGCCGCACACCAGGAGAGGCUGGGGCGGGAGCCAGGCACGGACUCCCCUGGCUCCGAGCAAGUGCUCCGUUCCCCGGAACCGGUGGAACCCACGCCAGCCCCCUGCCCCAGC